AUGAACACCAACACUGGAGGAUAUCCGCCCCUUCAACGUCGCAGACGGAGAUCUGACCAGAUCUCUCCAUCAUCUCCCUCCUACCCGCGGCGGCUGUUUGACCGCCCCAACAGGCACAGCGAGGCUUUCAGCCCUGUUGCCAGCACGCCCACAACCGAUGAAUCAGACAGCCCUACUCUCAACCUCAACCUGACACUAACCUCUCCGGUCUCCGAUCACCUUCCGGCGCUGCCCUUCGGUUCUCCCUUACCUAAGCCUCCGGUCGUCGAAUCCACGUACCAUCAGAGGUCUUCAGAGGACGACAGUCGGCCGAAAUAUCGAUCGUCAGACGAGGCUGCUCGACCGUUGACGAGAAGGAUGACGGAUCAGAACAACACCCUUGCUAGCUCAACUGCGUGGUCGCCCUCACCAGGUGCGGAGUACGUGUUGAGUCCAUCGCUUUGGACGUCUGGUUCUAGCCAGCCCCAGCCGCGGGAGAAGAGAGUGCUUGAACCCCCAAUCAAGCUCGGCGACAAUGCCUCCUCUCCGAAUUUGCGCAAUUACAGCGUUUCUACGCAGUCUGCGCGUGACGAGCCGAUUCCAGUGAAAGCACAGGCCGGGAAGAAGAGUAGGAUGAAUCUGUUGAACCCAAUGAAUCUGCUGGCCCGCCGGAAAUCAUCACAGAAUCAGAAACUCGACGACAUCAAUCUCAGUAUCAAGACUCUGUCGGUUCUUGCAUUGCCAGACAACUUUGACCCAAGCAUUCGAGGAAAGGUCGUACAUGACUUCUCCGUCCCACGGAAUCGAAGGCUUUAUUCUCACAAUGACGUUAGCAACGUUGACUCGCCCCUGCGAUCUGGCUACGGGCCAGAAAACCGGGGGACCAAUGAUUCGCCUACUUCAGCGAGAUUGCCACUGAGCGGCACACCGAAUACCUCGCAUAGCCCGAUGUUCAAGGAGCACUUCUCGGAUGAGAGGCCGUCGUUACAACCAGAAAGGACGGGUUACCUGCACAACAUCCAUGCUUUGAACUUCUCUCACGACAAGCAAGAUGCCGUUGAUGUGCCUGCUUUUGCCAGGCGGUUACCGUCGGCGGUGCCACAACCAGGUCUAGGAACCGAUCCUGAGCUGGCUCGGAAGGAGAACAAGCCGUUGCCGCCUGAGAAGGGAGACUUGCCCACAGCGCCCGUAGGGGCCCCGUCGCCCCCUGCGCCUUCACCUCCACCGAAAAGCACACCGUCGCCGAAGUUUGACGUCCCGCCACCCGCUGCUUUACCUAAGCAUAUGACGAGCACCUCCUCCCGAUUCAGCUUCCAGAUCGGCGGAGGCUCCUCGGCUCAAGAGAAACUGCUCGAAGAAAAGCACAAGCAACACGAAGCAACCAAGAAGACUACCCAGCCAGAUGGGGACGAAGAAGAGGACGCCUUCGACUACGACCCGGAUGCCGACGAUGACUUUGAAGAGCGAAUUCCUGGUGUGAACGCAGAUUUUGAGGAUGAUGAUGGUUUUGGCAAUGACGAUAUCCCCCUGGGCAAUGCCCUCGUGGCCCGUUACGGCCCCUCCAGCAUCCAAGAUAACUCAGCCUCGGAUGUCAGGACUACGACCCUGCAGGGCCAGUCACUGCAGGGCUUCCAUUUUACUCCUCAAUCCAUGACAUUCAGCCCCACCAGCACAAACAAUGCAUCCCAGCCUACGCCGAGAGACCACGAAGGGUUUGCAAUCGGCAUCGCCGACUCUAGAGCGCCUUCGCAGAACGAGAGCUUGGACUUUCAGCCCAAGGACGGUGUCAUCGAUGUCGAACAAGUUUCCAUGCUUGGAGGGCUUGGCAUUUCGACCGCAGAAACACAUGGCCGGCGAUCACAAUUGACUUCGCGUCCCCAAGGAGGAGUUUUUGACGAUGAUGACCUGUACUUUGAUGACGGGGAAUUCGGCCAUCUUGAGCUUGAUCCUUCCGGUGCGACCUUUGACGAACGACUAUUCGAUGAUGAUACAGGCCAGAUCCGCGACAUUCCAGCUGACAAUGCCCGGAAGCUUGAAGUGGCCAAGCAAACAGCAGUCGGGGAUGCAGAAGUCAAGGUUGUGAGUCCUGGAGAGGGUCAACCAGGUAGACGGUCCCUGAACAGCACCGCGCAAAAUGAUCGAGACGCCCAAACAGCCGCUGUCUUGGUGAAUGGCCAUCAGAAGAACCAAGCUAGCUUUAUGCCAGGAAGCUCCAUUGCCGGUCUCACCGAGACAAAUCUUGCCGCGAUCACGAUGCCUUGGCGUUUGCGGCCAAUCAGGCCGCUGCGAACGGGCGUGGAGAGCAGCCAGCAUGGGGUUAUAUCCGACGGGAGUCGCUUCAGCCUCAACUACAGCUCCGCCAUCGCCGAAGAUGAUGGGUUUCCCUUUGACGAUGACAUGGACGAUGAUCUGAUGAUUGCGGAGGCCAAUGCUGAGGCCUUGGAAAAUGAUGACGAGGGCUUCUACGGCCAGGAGUUUGGAUUUUAUGCUCGAUCCCGUGGCAAAGGCAACACCGAGCUGGUUAACGGCGGCUACUUCGCGGAGCGAGGGUCCAAUGGAGUGAAGCGAAGCCACAGUGGAAAAGCAAAUUUCCAAGAGCCUAGCCUGACACCUAUCACAGAACGGAGCGAAUGGAGUACCCGAAACUCGUUCGUCUCGCUACCAGUACCAUCAGGUGGGAUUCCAGGGUCAGCACACUCGAUGCCGAGCCCUGGGAUUGCUCAACUCCGGGAACUUGACUCCCCGGCAUACGACGAAGAUAUGAGCUUUAGUGCGUUGAUGAAGCUGCGAGGUAGGACGUUUGGUGGCAGCUCUUCCAGCAUCAGCAGCUCCGCGGCCGGAUUCGCGGCUAGUUCUCCUCUGUCGAUUGUGGCGAAUAAUCCCUUCGCGCACUCAGACCACGGCGGAAGCCGCAUGCCGUCCUCGAUGCACGGUCGAACCUCGCCAGCUGGGAUCCCAGAGUCGGAGGAAGAGGAGGACGAAUCGGAGAGACCUACCCUGACACAGAACACGCCGCGCAAGAAGAUGAGCGAACCGGUCGCGUUCACGUCUCAGGAAGAGAUGCCUUCGCCUGCAGGAUCGGCUGGCGGUGAUCGACGAAAAGGCCACCACAGUCGAACAUCGAGUGGUGCCGAGAGUGUGAGCUAUGCGCGUGAUGGAGAGGGUGGUUGGGUGUUGGAACGGAGGAGGACCGAUGAAGGCAGCGGAACUGAGGUUAUUGACCGCGAGUAUCUAGCUGGAGCCCGGAUUUGA